AUGGCGGCGCCCGCGCUACGAGCCGGUCGCCGUUGGCUUUUCGGCCUGAGGGCCGCUUCGCCCCGGCUCCAGGCGUCUGGGGGACGGCGGCAGUCCCACGACCAGCGGCCGCAGCCCCGGGCUCCGGCCAAGGGUCUCUUAGCGGCUCAGGUCGAACGGGGCCUGUUCCAGGAGAUUUUCCCGCCCCAAGCCGCCGAGGAGCAGCUCCCCGGGUUGUUAGAGGCGGGCCGCCUCCCCGUGACGGCCUACUGCGGCUUCGACCCGACUGCCGACUCGCUGCACGUCGGGCACCUGCUGGCGGUGCAGGGCCUGCUGCACUUCCAGCGCGCGGGCCACGACGUGGUGGCCUUGGUGGGCGGCGCAACGGCGCGCCUGGGAGACCCCAGCGGCCGCGCGAAGGAGCGAGAGGUGCUCCCGGAGGAACGCGCUCGGGAGAACGCGAGCUCCCUCUGCCGGGGGCUCCAGAGGCUCUUCGACAACCACCGCGAGCUCUUCUGGAGCGGGGAAGGGACUCGCCUGGGCCGCGCCACCGUGCUGGACAACGCCAGCUGGCUGGAGCGCGAGUCCGUGGUGGGGUUCCUGUGCGCCGUCGGGGGCCACCUGCGCAUGGGGACGCUUCUGAGCAGGCAGACCUGCAAGGCCCGCCUGAGCAGCCCCGUCGGCAUGGGGCUGGCCGAGUUCCUGUACCCGGCGCUGCAGGCCUACGACUUCCUGCACCUGCACCGACACCACGGCUGCCGCGUCCAGCUGGGAGGAGCGGACCAGAUAGGCAACAUCAUGUCCGGACACGACCUCGUCUCCAAGGUGACAGGCGAAGAUGUAUUUGGAAUAACGGUGCCUCUUGUUACAAGUACCACUGGAGAUAAGUUGGGGAAAACUGCUGGCAAUGCAGUUUGGCUAAACAGAAAUAGGACCUCUCCCUUUGAGUUAUAUCAGUACUUUGUCAGACAGCCAGAUAGCGCUGUUAAAAGGUAUCUGAAGCUUUUCACUUUCCUCCCUCUUCCGGAAAUCCAACACAUUAUGGAAAUGCAUGCUAGAGAGCCUGAGAAGUGGGGGGCCCAGAAACGGCUUGCUGCUGAAGUAACUAAGCUUGUUCAUGGCAAAGCAGGUCUGGAAUCUGCUAAGAGGUGCACAAGGGCCCUUUAUUACAGUGACAUAGCAGCACUAGAGACUAUGUCUGACCAAGAGCUUCAAGAACUCUUCAGGGAAGCACCAUAUGUUGAGUUGAUGCUUGAACCUGGAACAACAGUACUUGAUUUGUGUCGGAAAGCGAAUGCUAUUUUAGAUGGACCAAGGGGGCAUUGUGACAUAACAAGUGGUGGAGUUUCUAUAAACCAUGUUAAAGUAACUGAUCCCGAUGCUGUUCUUGUUCUUGGACAACAUAUCCUCAGCAAUGGCUUGUCACUCCUUAGAACUGGAAAAAGAAAUUACUAUGUUGUGAAAUGGCUUCAGUUGUCACAUGAAGAACAAAAAUGCUGAGGUCUUUUCAAGUAUGUUAUGAGUGCAUUUUGCUUCAUGGACUGAGAACACACAUCAAACAACUCGCAAGAACUGAGGUGUGAAUUGCUUUUUCUCACUGUGUGAGACUUGGUACCAUCUGGAAAUUGGAUGGCAUCUUAAUUCAUACUUCAAUCAUGAAACGAGGAGGAACUCAUGGUACAAUGCAGUGUCUGUCCGAAGAACACAACUGUUGAAAUAUGUUAUCGUCUACAAUAAAGGUAAACUAAAUGAAUCCUCAAAGUUAUUGUUACUUGCAUUGUUGGUGUGUUAAGGGUGUGAAUGGUAGUAAAUGUGACAUAAGAACCCAUUUCUGUUUGAGGACGCGACAAGCCAGGCAGCUGGCUCCUGAACCCACAGAUAACCUAAUUUUAAUUGAGUUUUUAAUGGGUUUUAACUUAACCAAGUUAGUUUAUUAACUAUUUUGUGUUCUGGAAGCUGGAGGACAGAAGACUGUGGCACUGUAAUGCCAACAGCAAUUAGGUUUUAAUAAGACAUAAUAAUCAAUUUUUUAUCCUAAACAAUAUAGUGCUUGUUUCAUUACUGAGUUGAACUUUCUGCUUUGUAAUGAGCAAAACAUGGGCUAGGGUCGAUGCCUUAAGGCUGCUCUAGGAUGAAUGUAUAUGGAGAUUGUCCUUCCAUGUAGCAGGUAAUGGAGUGUAGGAUUUGUAACUCAGGGUGUAAUUUAUCUUUCUAUGUAUAGAAAUAAGAGAGUACAGAUGUCCAGCAGAUCCAAAAGCUGUUCUUACAACACGUAGAUUGGACUAGGUGACCCUCACAGUUCCUUCCAACUCUGCAGUUCUACAAUUCCCAGCUAAUAGGGAGUUCCUUAUGUUUUAAGCAAAGUAUAGUUAAUCUAGGUCAGGCAUGUCCAACUCCCAAGAGACUGUGAUCUACUCCAAGUAUAAAAAAACUGGCAGUGAUCUACCCAUUGUGCAGAGAUCUACCAUUCUACCCAUUGUCAUUGGAGGGAGGAGGAGCGUGCAUGGGGUGGGUGAAUUGCCCAGUUGUUGAGCAUUUUUAGGAGGAGAGUGCCCAGAGUUGUUGAGCUUUUGGGGGGGGGAUUGUAGAGGGUUUUUUUAGCUUCCCCCCCCCCGAAACUUUACACAAUAAGGAUCCCGCGAUCUACCAGGAUCAGCUGAGAACCUAAGGGUAGAUCACGAUCUACUGAACAUCCCUGAUCUAGGUCUACUGCCUCAGGGUUAAAGUAUGUAUAUACCCUGUGAACAGUUGGGCCUCUGAUCCAAUUGUGGUUUUGUCCAGUCUGCCAUAGUAGGUAGAAGCUCCCUAUCUCAAUAAUUUGGGUUGAAUUUAAAUAGCACCUACUCAAAGAGGCUGCUUGUACAAAUGAGUUAGCUGGCGAACUUCACACCUUCUGAAAAUUAUUAUAGCUAUAUAACGUGACAUAGUGGCCUAGUGUUUACCCCCCUACCCAAUUAGCAACUGUCUCAGCAAGUGAAGUUAAAAACUGACCAUACUUUAAAAUGUGGUUUAUUGAUAUAAAACUGUCGUUUCUACACAAUCAGCUUUAUUUACAAAAUUAACUUCAUACAUUUGGUACUGAUGCUGGAUAAACUACCCUUCAGUCUGCAUAGUUAAAUGUUCUUUCAAUUCGCUUAUGCAUUUUAAAUUCUAAGUUGGACUAGAAUUGUACAUGUACAGCUGAGUGGUUCCAUGUUCCAUUGCCUUAGAUACAGAAGCCUAAAAGGCAGGAUGAAAAUCACUCUAAAUGCUGUCACACACACACACACCCCGAUGACUCAAUAUAGUACAUAGCAUGGUAACCUUGUAGAAACGUGGUGUGUUCAAUCUUGUGCAAGCUAUACCGAAAGUGCUAGUAAAGCAGUGGCAUUAGUAACUGCUAUUUUAAAUAUAUUCACAGUUGCUGAUAUUACUUGAAACUAUGCGUGAUUUAAAUGGUCUAUUGGAAAACUUCAUGGCAGUAUGAAGAGAUUUUCUAGUGAAGACUGGCUUGCCCUUUAAAACCUUAGCGAUCACAAUUCAGAUGGAGCAGGGCUGGGGAACUUUUUGGUCCACAAAGCUGCAUUUCCUCUUGUCUUUCUGGGAGCUGCAUGGUACAUGUGGCUAUGGUGACCCCUGCAAACAUAUAAUGCAGUCCUGCACGCCUCCCCCCCCCUCACAAAGAAAAUAUCGCUUAAGGAAUGUGUGAUGUUGGAGAAUGUGGGUUAAGGGUCCAUCAAGAACAUCACUCUGUUGGAGUCAGUAGAAAGAGUUUGUGGGGCUAGUGGGCUGGCAGUUCCCCGCUUCUUGUGUAGUUUAGUAUUUUUUAGGGCAAGAUUGCCUUUAGGAAUUCUUUCAAGGGGUAGUAAUCCACCGAUGGUCUAUAUACUCAGCAUCUUGUUGAACAUUAGCAUGUGCUUCAAAAUCCAUGGUUAUCACAAAAGUGUCAUAAAUUGAAACAAUGUUGAAGCUGAAAAGGUUAAGUUUCCACCAUGAGACUUAAUUCACACCUUUGUACCACCCUGAAAUCUUCUGAUGAGGGGCAGCGAGGUUAUAAAUAAUAAUUAAAUAAGGAAUAUAUUAAUGUGAGGAACCUUUUACUGGCUGAAGGCUGUAUCCUGAUGACCACAUGCCAGUGAUGAAUACAGCAAAUGGGGGCAAAGCAACAAAUGUCAUUAUAAAUUUUAGUUUUUUACAGUGAUUUCUACAUAUGUCCCCUCUAUCCUCCAUCCAGGCAACCAAGAGCCAUAUCAGAAUUCAAGGACCCAUUCCAGCCAUGCAAAAAUGUUCAGGGUGCAAGGCCAGUGACCAGUGUGGCUUGGAGAAGAAUUAUGAGGGUCACGUAAGGGGGCCUAGGCUGUGGUUCACCAUACAUGGUAACUAUUUGCACAUUACAACACCUCUGAUAUCCAGCAAGCAAGGAUGUAUGUUGAAUCCCACUUCCAUGGGAAAGUGCUGAUUGGUUUCGGCAGCCCAUGUUUUAAUGUGUCUGGCAAAAUCAAUACCUUUUAAAAUAGUGGAUGAGACAGGCUAAAUUAGAACUCAUAGUAAUUUGACAUCUCAGAAUUAAUUCUUAGUUAUCUUUUUUAUCCUUUGACAAAUUUAUCAGUCAAACAUCCUCUAAAGGCCUUUAACCAUUGCAGGUCAGCAACCUUGUUAAUUUAUACCAGAUGUUGCUGAACUACAACACCCAUUGGUCCGAACAAGCACAGCCAGGGAUGGUGAAUGUUGUAGCUAGUAACAGCUAGUGGACCAAAGGUCCCCACACUUGAUAUGUACUAUCACUGGAUUUUUUUUUUAAGUAAAUUAAAAAUUAGUGACUUCUGGAUGGUUUCACCUUUACAGGUUAAUUACUUUAGUGAAACAUGAUCAUGUCAGUCUACAGGUGAAGCUUGGAAAAUUAGAAUAUCGUCGAAAAGUGCAUUUAUUUCAGUAAUGCAACUUUUUAUUUUUUAUUUUUACAAAUGCUUUCUUUUGGAAAUUCCACAGUAAUAAAACAAAUAGUUACAAUAAUACAAAAAUAAACAUCGCUAUUACAUUUCAUUAAUUACAUUCCAUUUAUAAUUGACCCGCCUAACGACAAAUAAUUACAAUUACAACAAAUAAAGGCUUGACAUAUCUUGCUUUGCAUGUCAUAUAUUGGUUUCACCUUUUAAAUUGUGUUACUGAAAUAAAUGCACUCUUUGACGAUAUUCAAAUUUUCCGAGUUUCACCUGUAUAUGUAUAGACCUACAGUUAAGAGUGGCUGUGUAGAAUGUUCUUGUUUCCUGCCCUGAGUUAUUCCAGUCCAUUUUUCCUGCUACCAGGCAUGACACCCUCCCACACCCCCACCAGUCAACAGCACUUCACGGGUACCGGGCAUCCUUACCCCUCACUGGACUGUUUGGGGGGGGGGGCAGGUGUUCCCUCUCAAGUCUUUUUUUUGUUUUGUAUUUUUGCCAACAUAGGAGUUCUCCCACCCAUACUGCCCACUUGGGUGGGGUGGUGCCACUUUUGGUUACUUAAGCAACAGCAUUCUUGCCUGAAGAACAGAAAUAGAGGGAAUGAGGUGAUUCUACGUUAGCGGGCACCAGGUACAGAUUCACUGAACUUAGUAGGGUGUUAACAUACCCCUCAGGAGGCUGACUUAACAUUUCAUGUUAAAUACCAUCAUGCCACAGAUUUGCCAAAGCAUCAGAAGUGAUCUUAAAGCAUGAUUUUAUUUUCAAUAUGCUUGGUGUGUGUAAGUUUUUUAAGGAGGGUUCCAAGUGCCUCCACCCUUAAAGGCACCAUCACAAUUAUGUUUCAAUAUACUGUAAGGGGAAGAAGAGAGAAAUAGCAUGUUUUCAAACUGCUACUGAACAUUCCCAUUUAAUGUCCAUUACCAUUUGUCUCAAGUGUAAGCUCAGUUUACUCUUUUCAGCCUGUUGUGUAAGGACUGAGUGGAUAAAAUCCUGUACACAAUGUGUGAAGGCCAAGGGUUUAUUUCCCCCCCCCACAAGUACACAUGUUGAGGAAGGCAAUAUCUACUUAGGAUAUACACCUCACAGCAAUCUAAAAACAUAGAUCUUCCAACAUAACACAUAUUUUCCUUCCAUGCAGGAAAAAUGUUGAAUGUGAGCAGGUGUACUGUGCUUUAAACAAAAACUUGCAAAAUUUUCAGGAACUAAAGUGUCAUUACUGUUGACUGUUGGUGACUAUGGCAGACAAUCAAGCAAGUUACCACACCAACACCUAAGAUGAAAAUAGCUCAAAAACAGUAAUGGGUUGGGACCAUUGAAUUAAUUUUAAGCCCAGCUGCUUUUACAUUGAUAUUUUCUAAAGUUUCUUUCUUUACUUCUUUUCACAAUGAUUUAGGAGAAACCUGAUCCGCCACAAUACCUUUUAAUAUUGCUGUUUUGUUAGUCUAGAACCCUACAAGUGGAUAGUCCAUGGGUUUUGGUCCCAGACAUGAGGAUUCUUCAAAUUCUGAUUACUUCUUUGUUGAUGACGCUUCUUAGCAGAAUCUCCACUUAUUCCAGAUUUAUCUAGCUAAAGGACAAAAAUAGCCAAUGCAUUUUGGAAGUUAGCCAGAUAUUUCUUUUAAGGUUCUAAAACAUGAGGGUACACAUUACACAGUUAUAAUUAGGGCAGUAUUUCUCAGAGUGCAUGCAAUUAAAUUCAUCUUAAAGAAAAUAUCGUGGUGUCCUUUC